CCAGCGUUCCGGUGUUUGGUGGUUGGGUGAAGGUUCUGUCUGUCCUUCGCUCUGAUUGGUGCCAAAUCUCCUGGGGUUCUUCGCGGUGGUCGUGCAGCGGUUCUGUCAUUGGGUCAGGCUUCGAGUAUCAUCUGCUAAUUGGUUUGACGGAACCUUGUGGUCAGUUUCCUUCAGACCUCCGCAGACAGCCGGGCAGUACUAGGCAGAACACAAGGGGGCCCUCCACGUCCAGCCUGCACCACCAGAGCAUGGCGGCGCCCCGGGGCCAGUGCAUAGCAAAGAGCUCUGUCAGCUAUAUGAAGGCCUCUCCGGGACCCUCUGUUACGCAGCGGUGCUGACCACCAACGGGCCCUUGCAUGCCGAGCCGGACAGGUAGUAGCACCAAGAAGAGGAGCGAGUCUAGUCCUGGAGAUAACGGUCCUGCUAGGGGAGGUCAUGUAGGAUUGCAGGUAUGCUGUGAAGAUGGGAAUUUUGGUGUUCAUGAGGAACUUGCUGCUAGCCCUCUGCCUGUUCCUGGUGUUGGGCUUUCUCUAUUACUCUGCCUGGAAGCUGCACCUUUUGCGUUGGGAAGAUUCUCGACGGAGAGAGAGAAAAGCGGGGAUCCUGGCCCUACCCUCAUCUGCUCCAUCGCAAAUUGCUGCUGACAGCAUCCAGCAAGAUCUCAAUGAACCAAGGGUUGCACCAGUGCCAUCGAUUCUAAAAUAUGAUCGACUGGGCUUUCUACUUAAACUGGAAACUAAACUACCAGUAGAACUGGCAACAAGGUAUGCAAAUUUUUCCGAAGGUGUGUGCAAGCCCGGCUAUGCUUCUGCGCUCAUGAAUGCCAUAUAUCCAAAGUUCUCCAAACCAGCACCAAUGUUCUUGGAUGAUUCAUUUAGAAAAUGGGCAAAGAUUCGCGAAUAUGUUCCUCCCUUUGGUAUUAAAGGGCAAGAUAACCUAAUCAAAGCCAUCUUGUCUGCUACAAAAGAAUACCGACUCAAGCCAGCAUUAGACAGCUUAAACUGUCGACGAUGUAUCAUAGUGGGGAAUGGAGGUGUUCUUGCUAACAAAUCUCUAGGAUCUAAAAUCGAUGAAUAUGAAGUUGUUGUCAGGUUGAAUUCUGCUCCAGUUAAAGGUUUUGAGAAGGAUGUAGGCAGCAAAACAACUCUAAGAAUCACAUAUCCGGAAGGAGCAAUCCAGAAACUUGAACAGUAUGAAAAAGACUCCAUAUUUGUCUUAGCGGGUUUCAAGUGGCAGGAUUUUAAAUGGCUGAAAUAUAUUGUUUACAAAGAGAAAGUGAGUGCCGCUGAUGGAUUUUGGAAGUCAGUAGCCACACGUGUUCCACGUGAACCACAUGAGAUCCGUAUCUUAAAUCCAUACUUUAUUCAAGAAGCCGCCUUUAGCUUUAUUGGGUUGCCAUUUAAUAAUGGUUUGAUGGGAAGAGGGAAUAUCCCAACGCUGGGUAGCGUGGCUAUAACUAUGGCACUACAUAACUGUGAUGAGGUGGCAGUCGCAGGAUUUGGUUAUGACAUGAAUCUGCCUAAUGCUCCACUGCACUAUUAUGAGACUAUCAAGAUGGCAGCCAUUAAAGAGUCUUGGACUCAUAACAUCCAAAAGGAGAAGGAAUUCCUAAAGAAGCUCGUUAAAGCACGUGUAAUUAAUGAUCUUACUAAUGGCAUCUGAGCGAAGAGGAGUAUCAUCAGAAGCCGGAAGAUGCACUGAUUUGGAUAAGCAUGGAUACCCAAUGUUACCAGAGCUUAUCUUCUGUCCCAAGACAGGCUUGCAUGCCUUCAGAUGUCCAACUUCCAAGUGAAAGUUUGGUUGUUCAAUUAAGCCAGUGGCCAUAAGAAAAGAAAGCAGUACAGAAGUAUCUGACAACUUUAAGGGACAACUGUUUUUGUAGUAACUACAACUUUAAUCCGGAAACAGACAUUUUGUUUUAAAUGGACAAGUUACUGUGCCAAAUGUACCUCUAGUUUGGGAUUUGAGGUGCAAAAGGUACACCACAUGCAUUUUGAAUGUAUAAAGUAUUAUUUUAGAUAAAAGCAUGGGGUUAUUCUGCGUGGGAGACAGAGAUAUGGAUGGAAGGACAUCAUCACACUAAUAUUUUCAUAUUCAUGCAGAUUACAACAUAUCUCUGGCUGUUUUAUGCAGAAUCCUAUGUAAAACUAGGACCCAUGACCGUCCAGGGUUAGGGGCAUUGUUGGUGCUGCUAUUACUUAGAUGAGCAAAGAAUUGUUCAGUCUGUUUGUUAUUGAAGAAUGUUUUAAAAUGUAUGAUUAAGGGUGGGAAGGGUUAUCUGGCAGAUUGUAAACACCAGAAUCUUCGAUCAGUGUUAAUAUUUCACCGUGGAUCAGUGUUUGAAAUCUUAAGAACAGGUAGUUUGUGACCUGUUGUCCCAUUUUUGCCUUUGCAUGAAUAAUGUGAAGGGCGCAGACUUUCUGCACACAGAAAUCAUGUUCAAUUUAUCAUCUACAAAGGUGUAAGUAAUUCAGACAGAAACAUCAGUAAUACAUGUCAUAUCAAGAAAGAAGGCGUUAUCCAGAACCAGAUUCCACCACCUUUGUGCCAGACACAUGAGCAAACAGAGUGGAAUCUUCCAUUACAAUAUCAGAUCAUCCAAACUAAUAGGAUUUAUCAUUAAAUUCCCUGAUGUGUUGCAGAGACUGCAGUUGAUUCUUUGAGAAUUCCUUUUUUAAUUACUGACAAGCAUAUCCCCAAUUACUGACAAGCAUAUCCCCCACACAUUCUUUAGUUCUUGUCUUUUUAUCUUAUCUUUUUACAUUUGAAAAUCUGAAUAACCGUAUCUUCAGACUUGAUAUUUGUGACCUCAGCAUUCAUUUCUCCUAUGGCUACAGUACAUAUCUGGUCCCAAAACAUAGCCAGUAAAACAUUAGCAUACUUGAAAUUGCCUUGUUUCUGUUUGUGGUGUUGGCAAAAAUAGUGUGGAUAUGAUUAGGCCCAUAUUUAUUUUUGGGACAUGAUGCAAUUGUCUUCAAGUUUUCUCUAGGCUGCAAUAAAUGGCAGAUUUAGGCAAACCAGCGCGCACAAGCAUGCACACUCUUUAGGGACUGGAGUACAGUACUGACAUGAAAGUACCAGUACCAUUCAUUCUUCCUUUCUGGCACAGAAAGGGUUAAAUGUGGCUAAAGUGUACACAAAAGGAGAAUCCAUGUCAGUAAUUUUGUCUAAAACUAAGAAGCCUUAGUUUGUCAUUUACUGCUGAAUUACAACUUAUUUUCAUAAAAAUUCCAUUAUGCUUUAGUUUGUGUUAACUAUCUCUAAUACACAGAACUACAGAUGUUGCACUUUACCAUUAAUAUGCUGGAUAAGCAUCCCACCUUGUUGCUGCUUGUGGAGCUUUUAUGAAGUACAGGUAUGGGAACCGUUAUCCGGAAGCCCAUAAUCCAGAAAGUUCCUAAUUACAGGAAGGCUGUCUCUAAUUGGCUCCAUUUAAGCAAAUAAUGUAAUAAUAAAAUAGUACCUUGUACUUGGCCCUUAACUAAGAUAAAAUUAAUCUUUAUUGGGGGCAAAACAAUCCUAUUGGGUUUAUUAAAAGGAGGAGGAAAGCUACUCAGGCAUUUUAUUACCAAUAGAUUAGUCACAAUAGUGCAAGCUAGAACGCUAUAGCUAUUCUGCAAAAUGCCUUACCAUAAACAGCCCUAGAGCUCCCCUUGUUUGUUUAAGAUUGCAGGGAACAGCUCUCAUCUCAGAUUACAGCAGAAAGGGGAGGGGGAGAGAGGAGCAAACAGAGCAGACUCGUGCCAUGUCCUGAAGGAAGUCUGAUGCAGAAGAUCAUGUAUACAAAAUAAAA